UUAUAUUUUUAAGAAUAUAUAAUGAAAUUUCCGUUGAGGGUUUAUUCAAUUUCAACCCGAGCAGGGGACUGGACUAGGGCCUAGGCUAUUCAGUUUGCCAAACGCAUCUGCAUCCCAAAGAGCUCAGUUUAAGACGUUAGGUUUUCUGUAACACAAAUUUUCGAACCAUUAACGACGAUGAUGUUGAAGAGACUAUCCUCCAACCUUCGAUCUCUAGCACUAUGCUCGGCCCAAACACUUCCUUAUACCUCUUCUUCUCGUCGUCUGUUCCACUCUUCCCCAAAGCUUCUUCAACCUCUCCUCUCUUCCGCUUCCAAUUCAUGGACCUUUAAGCCCCUUUUUGGCGCUUCUUCACCAAUGCAUCAUUCUCUGGGUGUUAACUCCAUUAUUUCUUCUCGAUUCCCUAUGUCGAUGGUUCAAGUGCGGCACGUCGUUUCGAAGAGGGAUAGACGGAAGAGGAGGAAACCGAUGACACCAAUCACUUCCAAGCUCAAGAAAAUCAAAAUGAAACCAUUCUCGUCUUACAAAUCCAGGUUUAGGACUAUGAAUGAUGGGAAUAUCCGACGGUGGAGGGAGGGAAAACGACACAAUGCGCAUUUGAAGUUUCCAUUUGCCUUGUCUUCAGUGUUUCAAUAUUGGGCAUUCAGUUUGCAUAUUACCAUGCUACCACUCAAGUAAGAUGAAAUUUGUGGUACUUGCAGUCGAAGAAAGCAAAACGCAGGCUCAGGCUCCCUUCUAUUGUCCCUGCAGCUUAUGCCAAAGUAAUGAAGAAGCUUAACUUCAGUGGUUAAGAAAAGAAACAUCGGAGUCUUAUGCAGGUGCUUUAAAUUUUGUUCGAACAAGGAGAGGUUAUAUUGCUGGUGCCUUGUGCCAUUGUACUCUCUUUUCAUUGUUUACAUUUCAGAAGCCCAAAUUAAGGAGAGGGUUCUAUAGCUGUUUAGUAGUUGGUUACUUACCGAAAGUGAUAAACUUGGUUGAGGUUCCAAUCAAAAUUAUUUCACUGAGGUUUUUUUUCCCCAUAAUAGGUAAUAAUUUCCUCAUUAUAUAUAUCAAGUUUCUUAAUUCUGUUGUUGUUCAUUGAACUAGGACACUAACAAGUGCCUAUGACACUAGCUAUCAAUGACUAUUGAUAUGAUUAAAGAAAGACCAGUUUAUAGUACGUGAAUGAAUGAGUACACUCCCAGUAAAAGUGGAAUUCUGGUUC